CGCAUGCGCGGGUGAGAGCGGAUGUAGUAUCUUAGCGAGGCGGAAGUUAUGAGGUCCUUUCUGCUCCCAGAUCGCCGCCAUGGUGUUCACUCGCUUCGUUGAGAUCGGCCGUGUCGCCUACCUCUCAUUCGGACCUCAUGCUGGCAAGCUGGUAGCCAUCGUAGACGUCAUUGACCAGAACAGGGCUCUUGUGGAUGGACCCUGCACUGGAGUUAAGAGGCAAGCCAUGCCUUUCAAGUGCAUGCAGCUCACAGAUUACGUCAUCAAAGUCCCCCACAGCGCCAGGCAGAAGUUUGUGAGGAAAGCCUGGGAGAAGGCCCAGGUCAACGAGAAGUGGGCGCAGAGCAACUGGGCCAAGAAGAUUGAAGCCAGACAGAAGAGAGCCAAAAUGUCCGACUUCGACCGCUUCAAAGUGAUGAAGGCCAAGAGGAUGAGGAACAAGAUCAUCAGGCACGAGGUGAAGAAGCUCCAGAAGGAGGCAGCCAAGAAAUGAACACUUUUCCCACAAUGCUUUUCUUCUGUAGUACUAAAGUGGCAUGGAAAUAAAACAUCUACACAACAGA